AUGCUAUCAGUCAAAUAUUUAGCCGUCAAGGCAUCAUUCACGCUCACCAUUUUGUUUGUCGUUCUUCUGUUCAGAGCCUCCUCGCCGCUUCGACUUGAAGGAUACGAACAUGCGACACUACCGCCAAGCGCGCCGAUAGCAUUUUCAGACGUCACCGACAACAGCACAUUCGGAUUUCCCAAAAUCUUUCUCAUCAACCUCCCAACCCGCUUUGACCUCUUAGACGCGGCAACGAUUCAAGCCUUCUUGUCUGGCGUCCAGUUUGAGGUCUUUCCAGCUGUUGAGACCGACAUGAUCAAGGACAAGGGUAUGCCGCCGACACGUGACAAGGAGAGACUCAAACAAACUGAAAAGGGUUGUUGGAGGGCACACGCUAAUAUUUGGUCUCAUAUGCUCCGUAAUGACCUGCCUGUCGCCUUGAUAAUGGAAGCAGACGUCGCCUGGGAUAUUAACGUUCGAACAAUCAUGACCAAAUUCCACGAGAACUUUACCUCACUCCUACAACAAUUGAAUUCUACUCAACUCCCCAGGAUCAGGAAAAGUAGGACGUCAGGAAAUGAAUCGGUGUCGAAUAUAUUCCCGGACCCUGAAGACCCCUGGCAUAGCAAACACUGGGAUAUUUUAUCUGUUGGCCACUGCACGGAGGACCCACGCGACCAUGAGCACAUGAUCAAGUACGACGACGAACACGUCCCUCCUGGGAAGGAUUACUAUGGGCAGACGCUCGGCAGUGAACGAGUCGUUCGUAAAUCUGGCGGGAUAGCAUGCACGACAGCAUACGCUGUGAGCCGAUCCGGGGCCGCAAAGCUUCUCCUACGUUCGGCAACGAACCUUGACCUGCCUGUUGAUCUUGUCAUCAAACAGAUGACCAUGACUAGGGACAUGAUUGCUUAUAGCGUUCAUCCACCUAUCAUGGCACAGUGGAAGUAUAUGCCAGGCAUUGGUAUGAAUCUUCGGGGGUCAAAUAGCGACGUUCAAGACAUUAAGGACGAGGUGAAUGAUGACGACGAAAAGGCAUGGGACACCGUCUAUCAGACUAAGAGCGUAUGGGCGCCGGGGGACUUCGCGACUAAGGAUUUCAUAGAGAUGGCAAUGCAUGGAGCUUGGAACAGGAUUUUUGAAGGGGAACGCCCGCCAUCACAGGUGACACUUGAGAGCGGUUAG